AUGAACGUUUUGACCGCAGAGAGAUUGGUAAGGUUGGCCUACAAAUACCCCGCUUUACAAAGCUCAUGGUACUUGAUUGCAACAGCUUGUUUAACAGUUGUUAACCAACCACAAGAAAUUCCCAAAGUUUAUCACUUUGCAUUACGUCAACAAUUAUUGACCAAUUCAGCCCCACAAGAGGCCAGCUCAACAAACCUUUUGACUGAUCUGAGCUUGAUAAGAUUGGCUCAGGACUCAAUCAACUCUGCCAAGCAGUUUCAAGACUUGUCAGCCGUGGGGGUUAACCUCCCCGACGUUUUGAUACCACAUGCAUACUACCAGGAGCUACCAUUGAAGUUCAAGUACUCCAAACAUGUUGAUAUUAUAGCAAUGCAAGACCAAUUGACUGCUAGAUUCAGAGAGGUAAUUUUAAAGAGUAUCGCAUUGAGUGGAUUGCCUAAAGCUAUCAAUGCGUUGAUGAUAUUGAAAACAGUGACUCCGACUAACUUGAAGAGCGGGCUUACUCCGGAGCGCCCUAGAAUCGUGAGUCCUGGUCAUAUUCCUUCUGCAUCCAUCGUUAGUGAAGACGUGCACGGUACCAAAUUCGAUAAAGAAGACGAUGCCACUGAAGACACAAUUGAUGGUCCAAUAAGCGAGCUGUCUAUUCACCCUCAACAAGUUGCUUCAGAUUUGGUACGGGGAUCAAACUUUUGGAAUAGUGUGUACGGCAAGAUCAACAACAGAGUCAAGAACCAAAUGUUGACAGCAUACCCAGAUUUGUGGUAUCAUGCCUUCCAUCAUGUUUAUGCGCCCUUGUUGAGCUACACCAAGAUCAUAUCUGGUAAAGAGACAUCCAUGUGUGUUGUGGCAUGUUUGAUUCCGCAGGAUGUUAACCCUCAAUUAAAGGGUCACUUGAAGGGUGCUUUGAACAACGGUGCAACUAAGGAGGAGUUGAACAAUGUUAGAUCAAUGGUGUUUGAUAUAUGUGACUGGACAGGUGGAAUUCAAUGGAAGGGAGGUAAAGACUCCGUAGCGAAAUUGUGA